UCCUCCUCCCAGCGUGCCCCGCGGCGCGGGGAGGAAGGGGCCGAACCCGGAAGUUCCGGGUUGCCGACGAGUCCCGGAUGGAAGGCGGGGACAUGGCGGCGUCCGGCUCGGCGCUGUGCCUCUUCGACGUGGACGGGACGCUGACGGCCCCGCGGCAGAAAAUCACCGAAGAAAUGGAUGGCUUUCUACAAAACUUGAGGCAGAGGAUCAAAAUUGGAGUAGUAGGCGGGUCAGACUUUGAGAAAGUGCAGGAACAGCUGGGAAAUGAUGUGGUUAAAAAAUAUGAUUAUGUGUUUCCCGAAAAUGGCCUGGUAGCGUACAAAGAUGGGAAACUCUUGUGUAAACAGAACAUUCAAGGUCACCUGGGUGAGGCCCUAAUCCAAGAUUUAAUCAACUACUGCCUGAGCUACAUUGCGAAAAUUAAACUCCCGAAGAAGAGGGGCACUUUCAUUGAGUUCCGAAACGGGAUGUUGAACGUGUCCCCCAUUGGGAGAAGCUGCAGCCAAGAAGAACGCAUUGAGUUUCAUGAACUUGAUAAAAAAGAAAACAUAAGACAGAAGUUUGUAGCAGACCUGCGGAAAGAGUUUGCAGGAAAAGGUGUCACGUUCUCCAUAGGAGGCCAGAUCAGCAUUGACGUCUUUCCUGAUGGCUGGGACAAGAGGUAUUGCCUGAGACACGUGGAAAAUGACGGCUACAAGACCAUCUAUUUUUUCGGGGACAAAACCAUGCCUGGAGGGAAUGACCAUGAGAUCUUCACCGACCCGAGGACCGUGGGCUACACGGUGACAGCGCCUGAGGACACCCGCAGGAUCUGCGAAGAGCUGUUCUCCUAACGGUCCCUCACCUGAGGGAGGGCAGGGCGUCCCACUGACGGGCCUGACGGGUCACGGGUGGCCACACUUAGGACCCCUCCCUCCCUCCCACACCCCUGGCCCACGCCAGGCCCUCCACACUGUCCUGACGGAGUGGCCUCCACCAGACUAGUCAAGAAUGGCUCGAAGGAACACCUCCAACCAGAUUUCAUCCCCGCCCCUGAGGUCAGACCCUCCAUACGUGCAAUCACAGUACACACGGUUUUGGGGGAACUUUCCCCAUUGUUCUAGAACGAUACAGAAAGAGCAAAUGUGCCCAGGCCCUCCCUCCUGGGUCUUGUGAAAAAUGUAACAGGUAUGAGUGCUUGGACCCCGCGUGUCAAUACCAACAGAGGGAUCUGGUAUUGGGAAAGGACCAGCUGUUUACAGCCAUCCCCCCCAGGACAGAGCUUCAAACCGCCUUGUGAAGUGAAGCUCCUGCCUGAGCAUCCGCUUGGGGGACUUUGAAGCCCAGGGCACUGAGGCCACUGGCCAGCACUGAGCUCAGCAGUUGGUGGGACGCAGCCCACUGCUGGCCUGCCACACAGGUGAGCUCAGAAGUCACUACACCUGGGAGAGCCUGCUGGGUCUCCGACCGUCGCCAUGGGAGCCCGUGGCCACCAACAGCCAGGUGGGGAAUGGGCAAGCGGCCCUGCCCCUGGAUGCCCUGCCCCUGCCCUGGCGGCCUCCCCGGGGGCCCGACCUCGCAUGUCUCAGGGAUCUCGUCAGAGCCUUGGUGCUUAAGAGCAGAGGAGCCACACUGGCUCUGCACAUCGUUGCCUGAACCAGUGUGUCUGCCCCAGCCUCCCCCGGGCUUGGACCGGAGAAGCGGGGCCGUGGCUGCGCCUGCGACCCUCACUCCAGCUUGGAGGUCAGCCAGGGCCCCUGUGGCCGGAAGGCAGCUCCAGGGCCCCGAGGAAGAGCACUUUCCAAGGAAACGGUUCACAGAGCGCUUUUCUGAAUCUGGACCCGUCAGGACCCACAAACCCUCAGUCCACUCCAGCCCCAGCACGGCCUCCGCUCCGGGCUGGCUGACCUGCUGGGGUCUGCACCCCCGCCGCCCCACCCCCACCCUCACCCCACUGGGUGCUUCCAUCUCCACGUCAGCUGGCUCCCCCAAGCUUAUGUUAGCGUGGGGUCCCGUGGGGGGAGGUGUACAUUGCUCAGUGGUUCCCAGGACGCGGCCACCCAGUGGUACCUUUUCUCCUUGAAUUUCACAAAUGAUACUGUAAUGACCUUUCCCGAUGAAAAGCAGCAAAUUAAAGUGAUUUUAUUGUUUCCUA